AUGAGCGGUCUCAACCAUAGUGAAGCAGAGGCGAGGGUGCGGAUCAUGGGUACCAACGAGCUCACGGCCCGGAAACCACUGUCGUCUUGGCGGCUCAUACUGAAGAUAUUGCCCAGUCCAUUCAACGUUCUUCUUGCAGCUAUUGCUGUCGCCAGCAUUGUGGUCCCAACACGGAACUGGGAGCACAUGCCAGAGUCAGCAAGGGUGCGUCGACAAUUGAUCAAGGCAUCCGAGCCCGUUGCGCGAAUUGUUGCGGAGAUCGACGUGCCAAAGCCGCAUUUGGCCCCCGGAGACGUUGUCCUUCUUUCCGCAGGAGACACAAUACCGGCUGACUGCAUCAUUCUCGAAGCUGCCUGUCUGCAAGUCACCCAGUCGAUCUUAUCAGGGGAGUGCGCGCCCGUAAAGAAGUUCCCCGAUCUCGCGCUCCCCGGCCAUUCGGAUAGCAUUCUAGGGGCGUCUAAUACCGUCUUUGCGGGAACGAGCGUGAUUUCAGGGAGCGGGGUAGCCGUGGCUUUGGCAACAGGAGACAGAACCUUGCUCGCUUCUAUCGCUGCGAAACUCAAGAGUAGCCGGCCCUUGAAUUCAUUUCAGCGGGGCGUCCGAAACACCGCAUACAUGCUCUUUGCCUUUAUGCUCGUACUGUAUCCACUUGUCCUCAUCGUUUCGGGUAUCUUUACAAAGAAUUGGAGGCACGCAGCGUCGUUCAGUGUUAACGCGGCUAUUGGCCUGGUCCCUGAGCUCCUUCCAGCGAUUGUGAACGCGAACUUAGUCCGUGGGAUGCUCUCGCUCCGCCAAAAGAAUGUCCUUGUUCGACGCCCGGAUAGCAUUGCUAACUUAGGAGCAAUGACGGUAUUGUGCAGUGACAAGACGGGAACACUCACUCAGGGAAAUCUAUCACUCGAGUUGAGCCUGGAUCCGGCUGGCAAGGAAGACCUGCAAGUUAUAAGGCUCGCCUAUGUAACAGCAAGUCACCAGCUCGGCACAAGGGACGAUAUUGACACGGCCAUUCUUAGUUAUCGUGACCCGUCCGGGGAUCGUAUCGCCGUACCUCAUCAUCAGAAAAUCCUCGAUAUUCCAUUUACCUUCGAAAGACGUCGGUCCAGUUGCGUAAUGCACUCCUGGACCGAUGAGAUAGUUUUAUUGUGCAAAGGCGCGUACGAGGAGAUGAUCCCGCUUUGUAGUCGCGUCCGCGUGGGUUCUCACACGGUAAACCUGAACGACGAGACUCGAGCAAUCAUAGACGGAUGUAUAUCAAACCUCCUCGAUGAAGGCCUCCGAGUGCUCGUGGUUGCGACCAGGCCGCUCUCAUCAUCCCAGGUUACAGAGACAAGCCCGAUUGAAAACCUGGAAGCAAACAUGACGCUCGAGGGCUACCUAGCCUUUCGGGAUUCACCAAGAGAGGAUGCAGCGGCCUCAAUCUGGAGUCUACAGAGUCUCGGAGUGGAUAUCCGGGUACUGACAGGGGAUAGCCUUGAAGUGGCUGGCAGGCUGUGUCAAAAGUUGGACAUCGUUCGCAGUGUUGAUGAUGGCCAAAGGCGCGGUAUUAUCGGUGCAGACCUUGAGGGACUCGACGACGUACAGCUGGAUCAAGUGCUUGAAAGCUGCGUAAUAUUCGCAAAACUAACACCUGUACAGAAAGCUAGGAUCACGGGCCGCCUACGGAAGAAAGGCCAUUGUGUUGGGAUGCUUGGCGACGGAGUUAAUGACUGUUCAGCGCUGCAAAACGCCGAUGUUGCCAUAUCGAUUAGCUCUAGUUCUAAUGCGGCGAAGGAUUGCUCUGACGGCGAGUAUAUAGCCACGUAA